GUUGUUUCACCGAAGGGGGAGCGGAACGGAGGCCCGACGCCGUUGCUGGUGCAAGAAAGAGAACGAAGCCCUAUUCUCCCUGACUGCCUUUCCCACCAAUCACAGACCCCACAAUUUUCUCCAACUUUCUCUCUUACCAAACACCAAUGCCAGCUUCUCCUUCUCCUUCAGAUGGACGAGGAAGAUGGAAGCGGAGGAAGCGAGAACGUAAACCGAAGCAGCUUCAAGAAGACAACGACGCACUUCAGGAGGAAGAUGAGGAAGAGGAGAAUAUUAACGAAGACCUUGAUAAUUCCGUGGAGGAAGGUGGUGCAGUGCCGGAUCUGUCCGCAGGGCCCAGCGAGAGCGAGGUCUUGUUGGAUGGUGGGGUCCGUAUCUCGGAAUUCCCGGCUGUGGUCAAGCGGACGGUGAACAGACCCCACGCCUCGGUGAUGGCAAUCGUGGCAGCUGAGCGUGCCGGUUUGGAGGGGGACAGCAAGGGGCAACAGGUUGGGGUGGCGGUUUUGGAGAAUGUUUCUCACGGGCAGCUGCAGGCGUUGUCCGCGGAACCCCCCGCACAUGCUCAGGAUAAGUUUGUGAUUACUCCACCGCCGAUUAUGGAGGGGCGAGGCGUGAUUAAGAGGUUUGGAAGUAGGGUUCAUGUGGUGCCAAUGCAUUCAGACUGGUUUUCACCAGGUACAGUGCAUCGACUCGAAAGGCAAGUAGUACCACAUUUUUUCUCUGGAAAAUUACCAGAUCACACCCCGGAGAAGUAUAUGGAAUGUAGAAACUACAUUGUUGCCAAAUACAUGGGUAAUCCAGAUAAGAGGCUUACCAUUCCUGAUUGCCAAGGAUUGGUAGAUGGUAUCAGUAAUGAUGAUUUAACUCGAAUUGUUCGGUUUCUUGAUCACUGGGGAAUUAUCAAUUACUGUGCUGCUUCACCAAGUGAUGAGCCUUGGAAUGGGGGGUCCUACUUAAGGGAGGAACCAAAUGGUGAGGUUCAGGUGCUGUCGGCUGCUUUAAAGUCUAUUGAUAGCUUGAUAAAAUUUGACAAGCCCAAAUGUAGACUCAAGGCGGCUGAUGUUUAUUCAUCAUUGUCCUGUCGUAGUGAUGAUUCUUCUGACUUGGACAACAGAAUUCGAGAACGUUUAUCUGAAAACUGUUGCAAUCAUUGUUCUCAGCCUCUUCCCUUUAUGUCGUAUCAGUCACAAAAGGAAGUUGAUGUACUAUUAUGCUUUGAUUGCUUUCAUGACGGGAGAUUUGUUAGUGGUCACUCAAGUAUUGAUUUUAUAAGAGUCGAUUCAGCAGCAAGAGAUUACGGUGAACUAGAUGGAGAAAGUUGGAGUGAUCAGGAAACUCUCCUAUUGCUUGAGGCAAUGGAAAUUUACAAUGAGAAUUGGAAUGAAAUAGCAGAGUAUGUUGGUACAAAGUCAAAAGCACAAUGCAUACUUCAAUUUCUCCGUCUGCCCAUGGAGGAUGGGAUAUUAGAAAAUAUAGAAGUCCCAAGCAUGUCUAGAUCAUCUAAUCUUCCAAAUGGGGAUGAUAAUGGUAGACUGCACUCCAAUUUGAAUGGAAGUCUUCUAGAUCCUGAUUGUGAAAACAGGCUCCCAUUCGCUAAUUCUGGCAAUCAAGUGAUGGCAUUGGUUGCUUUUCUGGCCUCAGCUGUUGGGCCAAGAGUUGCUGCAGCCUGUGCCCAUGCGUCCUUGGCAGCAUUGUCUGAAAAUGUCCAUAUGGAAGGAUCAGGACAUGGUAAUAGGACAAAUUCAGAGAAUGUACAUGGUAGAGAAGGAGGUUUUCACGGUUCAAAUCAGCAAAAAGAUGGAAACCCAGCAGUAUCUGGUUCUGGUGGUCAAAAAGAGGCUGAGGCUGCUCCAUUAUCUGUAGAAAAAGUUAAAGCCGCCGCAAAAGCUGGCCUUGCAGCUGCAGCUAUGAAGGCAAAGCUGUUUGCUGAUCAUGAGGAACGAGAAAUUCAAAGGCUUUCGGCUAAUAUAAUAAAUAAUCAGUUGAGGAGAUUGGAGCUGAAGCUGAAGCAGUUUGCAGAGGUUGAAACAUUGCUAAUGAAAGAAUGUGAACAGGUUGAGAAAACAAGACAAAGGUUUGCAGCAGAACGGGCCCGUAUUAUAUCUGCUGGAUUUAGAUCCCCUGGAGUUGCUUCACAGAUGAGUGUACCUGGUCUUGCUCCUGCAGUAGUCAACAAUAACCUAGGUAACAGCAGGCAACAAGUAAUUUCAUCCCCGCCUUCACAACCAAGCAUUUCUGGAUAUGGCAGCAAUCAGCAGGUGCAUCCACACAUGCCAUUUAUGCCACGUCAAACAAUGUUUCCAGUGGGACCAAGAGUACCCCUCGCAGCAAUGCAGGCAUCCACGUCAGCUCCUAAUGUUAUGAUCAACAGCCCAGGGAAUGCACAGCCUAACGUUAGUCAUCCACUAAUGAGGUCCGUAUCUGGGACUAGCUCUUCUGGUCUAGGUUAAAAUGAUCAACUUUAAUGUAAAUUUGGAAUUUAAUUGUGGUUGGAUUCCAUUGGGGCUGUUGCCUAGUUUCCCCACCGGAAAUGGAAGAAAGUGCAGUAUACAUGAAGGAGCCACAGAAAUGUAACUUGCCUCGCAUCUCGUAGUUCAGAUACAAAGAGGCACUUUGUAGGUUUUGUAACAUCAUCAUACAAUUAAUUUAGCAUUCUGAUGGGAAUAUGCAUACCAUCAAUUAAUUACAAAAUUAGAAUGUGUAUUGAUAACUUUCCUAUUUUUCAACUAUUUCUCUUCCACAGUUCCACUGAAAUGUGAAAGUGCUAUGGAGCCUGACCAUGGGACCAGCGUUCUAUUGUAAUACAUAAUUCAUUGCUGC